CCUGGUCCCAAGUCCCAACUCCCAAAUAAGUAGAGAAAAUUUAGACACGCUCUCAGUCUCUCUUUUCUCCGUUCAAACUCUCUCUCUGUCUUCCAUUUAAUCGAUUUUUUUUGGUAUCAGGCUCUCGUGUUUGAUCACAAGGCUUACAGAUAUUUGUUCACUAUUGUCUCCUCUCCAAGCCUAGCUCUCUUGUGGAUUUGUAAUACCUGAAGCUAAUGGAGUUCUUCGAGAUAUCGGUGGCGAUUAUCGUGGUAAUUGUGACAUGGAGUUGCAAGGCCAUUAUUAAGUGGAUAUGGACUCUAGUGAAGCGUUGGUUCAGUUAUAUGGUCGGAUGGUCGGAGGAUAAUCAAAUAUUGGUUGACAUGGAUGCCUCUGCAUCUCUUUCUUCUUCAUCAACGGAUCGUCGGUGUAAGCAUCAUGUGUUUUUGAGUUUCAGGGGUCCUGACGCUCGCAAGGGUAUCGCAUUUGAAGUAUACAAUCGACUGCAGGGGAGGGGAAUUAAAACAUUCAAGGAUGAUCGAGAUCUUGAAGUAGGGGAUGCUAUUUCUUCCACUCUAAUAGCAGCAAUUGAAGAAUCAAGGUUUGCAAUUGUUGUUCUCUCGCGAGACUACGCUUCUUCUACUUGGUGUUUGGAGGAACUUGCAAAGAUCUGUGAGUGCAUGAAAGACCAGAACAGAAUUCUUCCACUUUUCUAUAAUGUGGAACCCUCUGAUGUACGAUUUCAGAAGAAGAGUUUCAAAGAAGCUUUUGAUAAGCAUGUAACCUCUGGGCGACACAGAUCGGAGAAGGUGAAGCAAUGGAGAGAUGCUUUAAACAAAGUGGCCGGUUUCUCUGGCUGGAAUAUGCAGGAUUAUAAUUCUGAGAGAGAACUUGUGGACGCAAUUGUGUAUUUUGUGUACAGUAAAAUUGAGUCCACAUUGUCCACCGGAGAUUUUGAAGCAUUUGAAGCAACAAAAAAAGCCAUGGAUGAGGUUAUGGAGGGGCUACAAGAUGACGAGGUCACCGCAACGGCGGUCUACGGAAUGGGCGGCGUUGGCAAGACAACCAUGGUGAAAGAAGUCGGUGCACAAUUCAGAAAAAGUGGGGUGUUUCAUCGUGUCAUUAUGGGUGUCGUUUCAAAAAAUCCUGAUUCCAAAAACCUUCAGGACACAUUGGCAGAGCAGUUGGGCUUCAAAUUGUGGCAGGAGACAGAAAUUGGAAGAGCUGCUUGGUUGCAUGAAGAGAUAAUGAGAAGAGAAAAACUCCUUAUAAUCUUGGACGAUGUUUGGGAGAGAACAGACUUGUCAAAGAUAGGGAUUCCCAGCUACAAGGAGCUUCAAAAGUGCAAAUCCAAAGUCAUACUCACCACAAGGAUAUCGAAUGUCUGUCAUACCAUGGAGUGCCAAAGAAAGAUCACCCUCAAUAUCUUAUCAGAACAAGAUUCUUGGAAAUUGUUUAUGUCAAAAGCAAGACAGUCUUUUGAAUCGACCGAAUUCAAAGAUAUAGCAAGGAAGGUAGCUGGAGAAUGUAAGGGUCUUCCAGUUGCAUUGAUAGCAGUUGCAAGGGCACUAGGAGAUAAAGACCUAGCAGAAUGGGAAAAAGCAGCUCAACGGCUACAGAAGUCACAACGUGCCAACCCUGACGAUAAGGGAGAUGUGUUCGAAUGUAUAAAAUUAAGCUAUGAUCACUUGAAAGAUGAGGACCACAAGUCAUGCUUCUUGCUCUGUUGCCUAUACCCAGAAGACCAUGACAUCCGACUAGGAAACUUAUUCAAGUAUGCAAUCGGGACAGGAUUGUUUCGACGAGAUGCCGUUACAAUCGAAGAAGCCAGAGGAAUAGCAGAUUCAGCGGUCAAGUACCUGAAAGCUUCAAGCUUGCUUUUGGAUAGCGAGAAAAAUGGAUGUGUAAAGAUGCAUGAUGUCAUCCGGGAUACAGCCCUGAAUAUUGCAAAAUCUAAAGAUGGGCACGAGUUUCUGGUAAAAGCUGGCUAUGGAUUAAAGCAUUGGCCAUGUGGAUCACAUCAAGGCUACUCUGCAAUCUCACUAAUGAGGAACGAAAUUCACAAGCUGCCCGAAGAAGAGUUGGUAUGUCCAAAUCUCCAGAUUUUAUUACUAAAACAUAACCAUUAUUUAACCGAGAUCCCAGAAAAGUUUUUUGGUCAAAAUCUGAAUGAAUUAAGGCUCUUGGAUCUUAGCAGAACUAGAAUUUCCUCUCUACCCAAAUCAUUCAGCCUCCUUACCAACCUCCAAGCUUUGUAUUUAGAUGUUUGCGAGAAAUUAAUUGACAUUUCUAUAGUGGGAAAACUGAAGAAGCUUGAAAUUCUUAGUAUGAGGGAAUAUCAUGGGAGGGAAUUGUCGAGAGAAAUAGGACAUUUGACCAAUCUAAGGAUUUUGGAUGUCAAUGGCUUUUGGGGUAGCGGUAUGGUCACAAUUCCAUCUAAAGUGAUAUCAAAGUUGCAUAAAUUAGAAGAAUUGUACAUGGUGUACUGUGGAUUUGAUAACUGGGGGUGUGAAACUGAGGGACAAGGAGAAGAAACCAAUAUUGGGUUUGAUGAGUUAGCUGGUUUAUCAAAUUUGAAAAUAUUGCAGGUUGGAAUAUCUGAUGCAAAAUACAUCCCUAAAACUGUUGAGGCCAAACCAGAUUGGGAUUACUUCCAUAUAAGUAUCAUCGGCAGACACGCCUCCAUUAAACACACAGGAAGAAACCAUAAUUCAAGAUCUUUGUUUCUUAAUGGAGCAACCAUGAGUACCUUGCCUGAUUGGUUUAUCAACGCGGUGACAAAGAAAACAGAGAAGCUAGAGUACAUGAGCUGCAAAGGGAUGAGUGACAUUCUUAUGGAACAUGACCAUGGAAGGUUACAUAAACUCAAGCAUCUCAAAGUAUGGGAUUAUUUUCUUGAUUCCUCUGUGUGCUUGAAAGAGUUGAUGAACACAACAAGACGAGUUCAAAAAGGACCAGUGUUUGAGAAGUUGGAAGAGUUGCAUCUGAUACAUCUGAUCCACCUUGAGGAGUUGUGUGUUGGCGAGUUACCACCUGGGUCUCUCUCGAAUCUGAAGGAAUUGCAUAUUUUUUUUUGUAAUAUCUUGAAGAAUGUAUCAAAAUUGGUACAGAGACUACCAAAUCUGGAGAAACUAGAUUUAAAUUGUUUGUAUAAUUUGGAAUAUGUCUUUGUAUCGGAAGGGUUUGAGCCGAAAGAAUCAAAAAUGAGAGAGAUAUAUUUGUCGGGUCCAUGUUCAGUGAAGAGCAUUUGUAGUGGUCCUGCCCCACGCGUAAUGUUCGAGAGUCUUAAACUUUUGACCUUUUACCGUUGCGAGUUGCUGCAAAGUCUCUUCGCAUCUGAUGUAGCUAAGUGUCUUGAUCAAUUGGAAGACCUUUUUGUAGAGCAGUGCCCUUUGUUGGAAAGAGUAAUUGAAGCAGCGAACAACAAGAAGACGGUUUUUCCAAAAAUGAAGAACUUGGUUUUGAAGAAUCUUCCUCUGUUGUAUGGUGCAAGUGCUACUGUUGAUAUUGAGUGUCCUUCAUUGGAACUCUUGACUGUGGUGGAUUGCGCCCAGAUUUCAUUUUCAACCACUUCCUCUCUCUUCCACUCCUUCGAAAGCAGGAACCAGUUUUCAUUUUCAACCUCUGCUUCUAACUACUUUGGCAGCACGACCCCAGUCCAACUCAAUGAUCCACAACUGUACCAAUUUGUACAUGACAGAUGCAGGAGUAUAUCUGGUUUCCAAUCGUGAAGUCUCCCAGAGUAGACAGGAGUCAUAGGACCAUAUAAUGGUCCCGCUGACUUGCAAUGGUCCCUCAGCUUCUGACUUCCAGAGCAGGCAGUAACCAAGUUCAACUCUAUUUCUUUGUCCAGGGUUGGUCAUCUAGCUGAGGCUGCAAAUCCAAUUGAUGCACAAGAAGCUUUGCUGGAUCGUGACUUUCAAAACAGCCAAAGGGAUUGUAACAGCCAUUCUGGGAAACCUUGGAGAGUGAAGAGAUACCAGUUGACAUGCUCGAUCAGGAUGACAUUUGAUUCUUGCCACUGGUAUUUGUAAAUAAAAUUGUUUAUAAAUUCAAGAAUAAUGUAAUAUAUAUCUAUGCUGAAAUUGUAGCAGCACCAGUCAAGUGAUUUAUGGUCUCAUUAUGCUCGUAUUAUGGUAGUUGUUCUACAGCUUUUCUGAGUUUCCAUUCAAA